UUUGAAAAGUUUUCAGCAUUACAAAAUAUCUUACAAUAGUAAAUUUCACACUCACAUGUUCAUUCUUGCAACUUGAUAUCUUGCGUCGGUCACAUUGACUUUAUAUGCAUUUCCAAUUUCCCAUACAUAAUUGUUUAAAUGUCUAAUUUGUUUUUUCAAUUAAAUGCAAUGAUUUUCAUAUAAGUAUUAAAAUAGUUAAAACAGGGAUAGUUCCACUACUUAAAAUACGUGUAUACAUUGUAUACCAACGUACCAAUGUAUAGUCAGUCACAGAUAGGGAAUCUUAACAUGGUUAUGGGAAAUUAGAUAUUUGGCUUGUUUGUAGAUUCUAGACUAAAGUUUUUAGCCAAGUUUCAUGAAAAUUCACAGAAAUAUUUGUGACCUCAAUCUUUCGAAACCAUUUGAAGAAUAAGGUCGUCAUAUUUUAAGUUCAGUGUCAAAUCUAUAGCAUUGUAGAUUGCUUUUUUUUAGAUUGUUUAUGCAUUACCAACUAAAGUUUUCAACCAAAUUUCAUGAAACUUCAAAGUAAUUACUGAUAUCUAUCUCUCGGGACCGUUUGAUGGCCAAGGUCAUGUGUCUAAGGUUAGCAAAGGUCACAGCAUCAGAAUCUUUGUCAUCGCCUGCACUGCUUGUUUUCCAUUACUAUCACACUAUCACUUUGUGACUCCACAAUCAUGUCAGCGGGUGUUAUGUGCCGUUUGUAGAGUUAGGACCACACUCGGCUUAUCUGGUUCUGCUGUACUUACCUGUACGACAAUUAUCAGUGAUAAUUGUAUGGGGCCAAAACACAAUGUUACAUGACAUGCUAGUUUUUGCUACUUAUCACCAUUUAUCCGGAUCACUAUCAGGGGUGUAACGAGCCCUUGGUCGGAGUGGAUUCAUUAAGGAGCGGGGUCCAUACAGGGCUUUGGUAGGGGACAAUUAAUGGCCACGCGCCUGUAUCUGGUACACAUACACACAUACAUACAUCGCUGUCGAUUUCACCUGUAGUGCAAAGGUCAAAGGACAUGACAGGUCAGCGCAGAAGGAAUGACGAUAUGUAUAUAUAAAGGUUGCUUCGGGCUAAAUACACUGUAAGGCCCUUUACAUAUAUGUAUCAGUGCAGAACAAUAUAGCCGACGGCGAUAUGUGCACAAGCCUGUGGAUGCAAUAUAGCUGUAACUCCUCCUGUCUUGUCGAUUGUUUUAACAUCGCCUCUUCACUAUACAUUGAUUGGAAUGGAAUUCAGAACACAUAUGAGUACUGACUGGUAGCCUGAUCACACGAGUGUACGUACCAACGAUUGAUAGAUACGAUUUAUCGAAAAUGUCAGAUGCAGUCUGAUCGAUCGUCUGCUAUCUCCAGCCAAGCGAUUCACCUGCCGCGAGCGUGAUAGCGCCAACCCACUAUUAUCGUUAUCACACCCAGUCGAGGCCGGUCUGGUGUAGACGACACUAAAUUGUGUACUAUCGGCCCACUAGACCGUGUUCACCAUAGUAACGUGUGUUAGACUGUUCCACUUUUUAAUCAGCUUGUGAACAUAUGUGGGGCUAAAUAUAGAAAUCGAUACAACACGCUGCACUGGCCUGGCAGACAUUUUGUUUGUGAUCGCGAUAAAUCGCACAUGAACAACAGAGCUAUGCACUAGGCAUUAGUGAGGCAGAUACAAGUUUACUAUGGACGCCAACACAACAACGAUUGACACGGAAAGGUUCGAAUAUAUGCAGGAGUAUACACAGAUAUACGAUUUUCCCGGGAAAUCUAAAAGCACAGUAUGGAAAGACUUCGGGUUUUAUAAAUCACCCGAUACUGGGUGUUUAGACAAAACCAGUGCUGUGUGUAAGAUUUGCUGCGCUCUCGUGAAAUACUGUGGCAAUACAACAAACCUUCACACACAUCUCGCCAAACAUCGACCUAAGCAGUAUAGCAACGCCAGGGCUAUCAAAUACGAUGAAGUGGUAAUGUCUAUCGACGAAGCAAGUUUUAAUCGUGAAGGGAGUGCUGGGUCUUCUCGAAGUCCACCGAGCUCGGAGACCGUGACGGCGACUAUCACGUGCGGAUCCCCUCCGGCGACAACGUUCCCCACAGUACAAACCAUUUUGAUGAACAGCAACCACGUCCAGUCACUCAACAAUUCACUGGCACAGUACUUAAUAGCAAAUCUACUUCCGCCCAGCGUGGUGGACAACACCGCCUUCCGGAACUUGAUGAGAGUAGCGGACCAGGGCUAUAACAUGCCUCCUAGUCAAUAUUUCUCGGAAUCGCUUAUUCCGCAGUGCUACAACGAAACAAAACAAAAUAUUCAGGGACUUCUUUCAAAUACUGAGAAUGUAACGAUCUCUACUGAUGUUUGGACAUCGAACCACACAGAAACCGAAUUCGUGACGCUUGUGGUUCACAUGAUUGACUGUAACUGGGAACCCCACUCCUUCACAUUGUUUACACUGGAAAUGGAUGAUGACUCUGACCGGAUGUCAACAACUUUACAAAGUAAGCUGCAGCACUGGAGAGUUCCAGCGGCGCCAGUUAUGGUGUCCAACAGUGAUGCCAGGAUAAAAUCAGCAACCGACAUUCUUGGCGUUCGGAAUAUCUCCUGUCUUGGCAAUGCCAUAAGUAUGGCAGCAAAUGACGUUUUAACGUCGUCGGGAGUACCAAAUACCAUUGAACAUUGUCGAAGCUUUGUUAAAGCAUUAAAUCGAAAUGGACGAGACAAAACAAGAUUCAGAAAAAUGCAACCGGAAACAGAUGACAUUGAACUCGACAGUACCGGAAAAUGGACAACCACUUUUGACAUGUUGCUGAAAAUAUGCAAGAAAAACGAAACAAUACAGUCGAUCAAACAGAGUGACGCGUUCACCACGGACACAAAAUCACAUGUCCCCAAUUCGGAGCAGAUCGAUAAAGUGAAAACGAUCAAAAACGUUUUAAGACCGCUAAGAACGGCUGCCAAACUUCUUUCCGACCAAGGACCGUCGACCGCGUCCAUGAUACUUCCGGUCCUACGCAAGCUUGAGUUGACUUUAGCUGUCAAGGAUGAAGAUCAAGAUUAUAGCACUCAAUUGAAAAGGAGAGUACUAGAUGUUCUCACGAGCUUAUAUCAAGAUUCUAACGUUCGAGAAUGCCUGUUGGUUAGUUCUAUCCUUGAUCCUAGAUACAAGGAUUUGAAUUUCGUUGAUUCAGCCGAACGAAAACAAGGCAGAGCUGAGCUUGCUGACGAAGCCACAGUGUUGUUCAGGAAAAGCAAGGGUGAACACCACGUUGAUCUAACAGUGUGUCACAUUAAACAGGAACCAGGGUCAGAAAACAGCUGUGUUGCUGCUUCAAAUGGUUCCAGCGUUUCCAUAGCGGCAAAGGAUACUUCGUCUGCAAAACGUCCGCGCAUCGAACAGGAUGUUGGUGACGAUGACGACUGGCUUGCAGAUGUCGUUAGUGUCAAAACCGAGCCAAAAAAGAGUAAAACGACACUCGAGGAAACAGUACUGGCCGAAAUCGACCGGUAUGUGUCAACAGAACAGACGACAACCCUGCCAUUGCAAUGGUGGAAGAAUCGCGAGGCAAUGUACCCGAUACUGUCCCGACUGGUGAAGAAAUAUAUGUGUAUAACGGCCACCAACGAACAGUAUGACAUGACAGUUAGUUCGGACCUUCAACAGAAAGCAUGGUUCAAUAUGCGCGCCAUGUUGCCACGCGACUCUGUGGACAAGAUGGUAUUCCUAAACAAAAACUUCUUUAAGUUCUAGAACAAUUAUCUGGAGCGGACGCGGUUUUCAACCACACUGGGAAGUUGUAUCUUUACUGUGCGGCUUUUGAAUUAUUUGUCUUUUGGUAAAUGUAAACACGAUUUGUCAAAGUGUGAAAGGAAAAAUAGCCACUCACUCCAGUAGAUAUAGAGUGAAAGAGGAAAAACACGAGAGCCUCGUUUUGAUGGUUACAUGUCCUCGGAAUGUACUGUAAGUUAGCAGUUGCAGUCGGAUUGAUUAAAACAAAUUAUUAACUUUCUGUCAAAACCGAAGUGUUCAAUAAUCAUAAUAAAUAUGCAAUGUUCUGUCACUUAAAUAACCGUUUUAAGUCCAGCUGUGUUUGAUAUGGUGACCCGUAUAAUUUAUCAUUGUUAUCAUUUAUACCAUUUUGCCAGUUUCUUACAUGGUAUAUCGUUCUCGAGAAAAUGAUAAAGUAACUCGAUUUUUUUUAUUUUCAUUUUUUCGAACUGAACCACAUACGCAGCGACAAGAUCCUAUUUUAUCGUCUUAAACCUAGAUGUUAUGUCAAAUAUUAUCAUAAUUUGCUCAGUAUUAUGUAAUUGAUUUUAUUUUACUUAUGAUGUAAUUUCUCCUAUCUGUCUUACUAUACUCUAAAUUAUCUUACUGACUCUGAUCUAUGCCAAAAGAACUUGAUAUAAUACUUGUUGUUUUAUGCCUUACUAGCAUGAUUUCUCAACUACAUGAACAGAACUAAGGCUCUAAACAAUUAAAUAUAUUAUGUUGAUGGUGUCGUUCUCUAACACAAUUAAAACUAGGUAUGUUAUGAAGCGACAUAGUCUCGUUCAACCAGACGCUUGAUCACAUUUAAUUAUCUGUUUGGCUUGGAUGCGAAGACAACAAGAGUUUGGUUGAACGAGACUAGAAGCGACAUGGCUAUUUCUACCGUUAUUCAUGUUGCUCUUAGCUCUGCUUAUAUUCAGUGACAAUGUGCUAUAUAUUUACUCCUGUAUAGUUUUUAAUACUUACAUGUAUAGGUUUUGGGGUACACAUAUUGGUUGUAUAAGUCAGGCACUUUUAUGUCUUACCUUUAUGCAUUAUAUCAAACUUGGUUUUCAUUUUUAAACCGUGUGUUCUUGCAUUACUUUGGUUUAAUUCAAUGCAUCAUGUGUUCGCAAAAGUCAGACAUUUUGUUUGUUUCACGUUAUAUAUUUGUUAGUAUGUUUGAGAAGGAGCUGUUAUCUUACUCUGUCCAUUUUUGGCCAGGGAGUAUGAUCGAAUUAGAUUGUCAUGUUGUGGGACAACUACAAUUUUACUUAGAGCGAAUUGACUACUGCUGUUAACGAUUUUUGUUAUCUAAAAUAAAAAGUUCAAGA